ACUUCUGCACUCUUACCCGUGUAAGAUUUGAUUCUUUUGGGAUAGAAACCCAAACACUCCUGUUUUAAGAAUCAAAUCACAUUUUCCUUUGUUAAACGCUAAUCUCCUUCUUUCUGGGUUUCUAUCCCAAAAGAAACAGUUUCUGCAGACUGGAAAUUGAAAUGGAGGACGCGGAGGAAAUACUGAGGGUGUUGGAAUCCUCCUUGUCCCAAAUCAAAUGGCGCCUCAAGCUUUCUUCUAAGCGUCGCCUUGAAACUGACAUUUUGGCAUUGUGCUCUGAGAUGCGACCCGUUGUAAUGGUGGAUUAUGGCGGAAGGAUGCCAGAACUUCAACACAGGCUUUGUGCUUUCCUUAAACAUUGCAGAAAUGAAUCUUCUGCUUUUGAGAACCUGCGAGUUAUGAUAAUUGAAGACAUGAUUUAUCUGGUUCAUCUCAAAGCAUUUCAUGAAUUCAGUAAAUUGAGCUUGAACCUAGAAAUGGAAUUUCUCUUUAUAGAUCUUGAGCAUGAUCCUCCAAAGAUGAUAACAAGAGCCACUGAGGAGAGACCUGCAAUUGUGGCACUUGUGAUGGCACAGAGAAUAUUUUCAUCGCUCCUUUCUGAAGGGGUAAUAAGUUGCAAUCAUUCAGAACAUUCUAGUUCAGAGUUGAUGGCUAACAAUAGGCCACAUAGCUCACAGUCAUCUGAGCUUAUUGAUCUCAGUAGGGACAUUGAAGAAACUGGGGUCACCGUGCCAACACUUAAUGGAUGGCUUCUUGGAUAUCCUGUAGUAUAUCUGUUUGGCAAGGAUCAUAUUAAAGAUGCCAUAUAUAAUCUCUCCACCAAGUCCCUUCAUCUCUUCCAAAUUUUAGCCUGCAGAAAGGGUGCGGGCAAUGAUCGAUCUCAAUCUCAAAAAGAAGAAUUAUUGAGUUUCUCUGUUCCUUAUGAACUAAGCUUGGCGGGGAGUGACGAACCAUGGGCAAAGGGUUUUUUAGCUCACAUGCAAGAAAGGCAAACCAAGCACAACCAUGUCUGGGAAUCCCUUAGGAUGGAGGUUGUUGCUUGCUAUCCACAGGCAAUUGCGUUUUAGUACAGGCUUAUUAUUAGUAGUAGUAGUAGUUAAAAUGCGAGUGAAAUGCAUACAUGUAUUAGAGGAUAAUUUAAGGAGCGUGUUUGGGAAGUGGUUUCAUCUUGUUUGGUGGUUGUGCAACAUGCAGUCACCUUGCAAAACAUAUAUGUCUCUUGUUCCAUAUUUCUCUUAUUGCCUCAUUUCUUUUUAAAAAGUCUUGUGUCAUUGAUAUUAUUUGUGUGGGAAAAAUUGUAUUGCAUUAAAUGAUC